AUGACAACCACCUUCUCUUCUUUACCAAUUGUCGAUGUUGGGCCUCUUGGAGCUCCCGGUGGAGCAUCUGAGGAGGAAUUGACGGCUCUCAGCGAGCGUCUUUACGAUGUUUUCGCGACAACAGGUUUUGCAUAUCUUGUGAAUGUCCUUCUCAGCUACAACCAUGAGACAGUGUUCAAUAUUUCGCGAGAAUUCUUCGCACUUCCAGAAGAGGAGAAAAUGAAGCUUGCCAAAUGGUCCUUUCGACUUGACCAACACAACACUUACCGAGGAUAUUUUCCCACGCAACCAGAGUUAGCGAACGACAAUCUGAAAGAACGCUUUGAGAUGGGCCCCAUGCAACCAAUCCGCACGCGAUCUACAUCGCCUUCCUCCAAAUUCAACUUGACUGAACCGAAUAUCUGGCCCGAUACGACUAUCUUCCAUAGGCGCUCUCAACUAGAGGCUCUCUACGCCGAACUACAAGCCCUCACUUCUAACCUGCUGUCCCUCCUGGCGACCUCGUUGGGCAAACCAGCAGAUUAUUUCGCACCCUAUCUGGAAGAUUCCCUAAGCACCCUGCGACUUCUACAUUACCCGCCUGUAGCAUCUACUGCCUCUGUUUCUGGAUCCACCAAUUCAGAUGAGGUCAAGCUCAGUAGUACACCACAUACCGAUAGCGGCAUCUUGACUCUGUUGCACCAGGAUUCAACUGGUGGGUUGGAGGUGCGCAAUUCCACCGGUGAGUGGAUUGCGGCUCCGUAUAUCCCGGAAUCUCUCGUAGUCAAUAUCGGGGAUCUAAUGGCCAAGGUCUCCGGUGGACGCUUCGUCGCUACCAUGCAUCGGGUUCGCGCCCCUGCGCUGAAUGCAUCCGCUUCAGCAAUAGGACGACAGAAUGGUGAGGCUGGAGCCAAAGCUCUUGGACGUAUCAGUGUUCCUUUUUUGAGCUUGGUGAAAAUUGUUUGGUAA